GACCUCCUCCUUUCCCAGGCGGCUGCCGAAGAUGGCGGAGGGGCAGGUUCUGGUAUUGGAUGGCCGAGGCCAUCUUCUUGGCCGCCUGGCGGCCAUUGUGGCCAAGCAGGUACUUCUGGGCCGGAAGGUGGUGGUCGUACGCUGUGAAGGCAUCAACAUUUCUGGAAACUUCUACAGAAACAAGUUAAAGUAUCUGGCCUUUCUCCGGAAGCGGAUGAAUACCAACCCCUCCCGAGGCCCCUACCACUUCCGAGCCCCCAGCCGCAUUUUCUGGCGCACUGUGCGAGGCAUGCUGCCCCACAAGACCAAGAGAGGCCAGGCUGCCCUGGAGCGCCUCAAGGUGUUGGAUGGGAUCCCUCCACCCUAUGACAAGAAAAAGCGGAUGGUGGUCCCUGCUGCUCUCAAGGUUGUUCGGCUGAAGCCUACCAGAAAGUUUGCUUACCUGGGGCGUCUGGCGCAUGAGGUCGGGUGGAAGUACCAGGCAGUGACAGCCACUCUGGAGGAGAAACGGAAGGAAAAGGCCAAGAUGCACUAUCGGAAGAAGAAGCAGAUCUUGAGGUUACGGAAACAGGCAGAAAAGAAUGUGGAGAAGAAAAUCUGCAAGUUCACAGAGGUCCUCAAGACCAACGGACUCCUGGUGUGAACCCAAUAAAGACUGUUUGCCUCAUGCCUGCCUGGCCUGCCCUUCCUCCGCCGCCAACUAGGGAAGUGGGGACCAAAGGUUCCUUAGGCACUGCUCCUGUGGGUAGAGGGGACAUUAGAGAGCUGACAGCGCACCACCUGCAUGAGUUUUUAUUAAAGUGCAAACCAUGGGAUGAAUCAGUUGAGCUUCAGUGUUGAAAAUGAGUAGCAGGGCUGCCCCACCCACCUGACCAAGUACCCUAUUCUGCAGCUAUGAAAAUGAGAUCUGCACAUGAGCUGGGGUUCACAAGUGCACACUUGGAGCACUGCCUUGCUCCUUCCCAGCAGACCACAAAGCAGUAUUUUUCUGGAGGAUUUUAUGUGCUAAUAAAUUAUUUGACUUAA